GCGUAACGGCCGCCACCAGCCAACAGUAUCCAAAGGAAAGUUAAGCGAUUGACUCGAAGCGAAGCCAAGUGCAGCAAAAAUACAAAGUCAGAUUGAAAAAAAGUGUUAAGUGUUGAGAGCAGAAAAAAAAAUUCAUCAGUGACAAAAAUGCAUCUGUCGAAUAGUGCCCGAUGGAUCGGUCUUGGUGUGGCGGUGUCGUUUGUACUAAUGGCCACCACGUUCAGUGUCAGUGAAGCGAAACCGAUCGAUGUGUGGGAUCAACUGACGAAAGAUGGUGGCAAAAUGUUCUACAAAAUGUUGGAAUACCUAAGUGAUUACGACGAGUUCGAUGAAGAGCACCAUUAUCAGAAACGGGAAGGAUCAUCCCCGCUGCUGCAAACCAGUAACCGAGUGGAAAGUGCAACUAAGGACGACAAAUGCAUGCUGCCAGUGCGGAAGGGUGUUUGCCGAGCACUGCUUCCGAGAUGGAGAUACGACCCGGAAUCGAAGUCCUGCCACGAAUUCACCUUCGGUGGCUGCGAUGGCAACGCGAACAAUUUCCUCACCUAUGAAAAGUGUAUGGAAACGUGCAAGGGUGUGUGAUUGGCGCCUCCAAGCAUCUGCUAACCAACUGGCAUGUAGUUUAGAACAACCAUCUGGUACAAAUCCGACCGACAAUCCGAAAAUGGAAAGAUCGUCGGUCAGUUUUCGAGACACUACUGAUUUAUAAAUAAUGAAAACAUGUUUUCGUUUAUGCACCUCGUGAAAAGACUAUAGUUUUAUAUGAGCCUUGAGACACACCCAGUGCGGUCAUAAACCAGCUAAAAUUCCCACCAAGUGAUACCUUUUUUGUUAGGCUUUAUAUUGUUCGACUGUUGUACACAUUCUAUGUUAGUUGGUAAGUAUUUUGAGUGUAUUUUAAGAUUGUUUAAGAUAUUUAUUAAAUUAAACUUAUUUUUUUCGGAAAACGUA